AUGUACCUGUUUCUAGAUGGGUACAAAUCCUUUUUACUAAUUUGUGCCCCCCUGGGUCGAUUCAAAGAUAACGCCUAUGUCACCGGACUCAAGGAGGAUCUCGGCUUCCACGGCAAUGAGCUGGUGCACUGCCAGACCAUCUUCACGGUCGGCUCGGUGAUCGGACAGCUUCCUUUUGCGUAUUUCUUCGCCAAAGUGCCUAUGAAUUGGCUGAUUCCUAGCGUGGAACUCGGCUGGGGCGUUUUCACCCUCCUACAAUACCGCGUGAAAUCAUAUGCGGAACUGAUGGCCUAUCGCUUCUUCGUCGGCCUCUUCGAGGCGCCCUACUUCCCCGGCGUCCACUUCGUUCUCGGGUCGUGGUACCGCGGUGACGAAUACGGUCGACGCGGUGGCUUCUUCUACAUCGGACUCACUCUGGGCACGUUGACUGCGAGUCUGAUCCAGGCGGGCACGUCGGCUAGGCUGGAUGGCGUCCAUGGUCUUGCUGGCUGGAGAUGGAUGUAUAUCAUCAACGCAGUCAUCACCAUCCCUCUCGCAAUUGCCGGCCUCCUCAUCUGGCCCGGCACACCGGACAAGCCGAACCGGCUCGUCCUCACGCCGGGCGACAUCGCACUCGCCAAAGCGCGGCUCUGGCGCAACGGUCACGCGACGCCACAGCGGUUCUCGUGGACCACGGUCCGGCGCACCUUCACCAACUGGCGCUUCUACCUGUUCACCUGGUGGGGGAUUGUGUUCUGGAACUCGACCAACGCGCCGUCAGCGGGGACAUGGCUGCUAUGGCUCAAGAGCCUGGACCGGUACAGCGCGACGCGGCUGAACAGUCUGGGCGCGCUGUCGCCGGGGCUGGGCAUCUUCUACGUGCUCUUCAUCUGCUUCUCGUCCGACCUGUACCUGGGCCGGGCGUGGGCCAUCACGCUGGCCCAGACGCUCAACGCCGUGUCGGUCAUCAUCCUGACCGUGUGGGACGUGCCAGAGAACGCCAAAUGGUUCGCCUAUGCGCUGACCUUCACCUGCGUCGCCAACUCAUCCGUGCUGUACGGCUGGAUCAACGACGUGCUGAAGCACGACGCCGCUGAGCGUGCCUUCAUCUUCACCCUGGCCAAUGCCAUCGCCCAGUCCACCACCGCCUGGACCCUGAUCUUGACCUUCAAGACCGUCGAAGCCCCGAGGUUCCAGAAGGGCUUUCCUUUUGUCCUGAGUAUGGCUUUGUUGACUAUUAUUACCGCUUGGGUUGUCAAGUAUUUGCAUCAGCGUCAGGAAGCACAAUACGCCGCGGCCGGUCGUCUGGCCCAGGACCAGAGAGAAGCCCAAGAGAUCAUCGAGGAACACCAAAAUGUCACCAUUGAUCCCGCCACUGCCGGCCAGAAGGAGCUGAGGGUCAAGACCCAAGACCGCGAACUAGGCCCUUAA